GGAUCCCAACCCUCCUUGCCCCCUCUUUCAAGCGCGGCGCGCGAUCUGUCUCCUCCCCGAUCCUAGGGUUUGCUUCCGCCAUGGUGGGUCCCGGCGACGACGAUGACGACGAAGUCCUCGCCCACUUCCUCGAGUCGGAGAUCCUCUCCGGCGUCCCCGACCAGCAGGAGGAGACAGCAGCGGGGAGGCCAUCGAAGAGGACGCGGGUCGAGGGGGAGAGCUCGCAGCAGGGUGGCCGAAGCAGGCCUCCGCUGCCCAGGCCGAUCGAGAUCGGCGUCUUCAGCAAGAUACCGGCCGAGCUCUUCCACCACAUCUUCAAGUUCCUCUCGUCCGAGGAUCUCAUCGCGUGUUCCAUGGUCUGUAAGUUCAUGAACGUCGCGGCGUCCGACGAGAGCCUCUGGCGCCGCCUGUAUUGCAUGCGAUGGGGACUGGCUUCUCCUAACGGGAAGUUGCGAGCAUGUGCUUGGAAGAAGCUUUACAUCCAGCGUGACAAAGAGGAUAUGGUUGAAUUUGUGAGAAACACACCAACAGAGUUUAAGGAGUACUAUAUACAAAUGCAAGCAGCAAAGAGAAGUCAAGCACCUCUUCCGUCACAAGUCAAUGAUGAUCAAGUGAUACUUGAUAGAACAGUGGCUGAUCAAGUGUCUAUUUGGAAAAGCAGCAGAGGCUUAAGUGAUGAGGCAGUGACAGGCCAUGUAUGUUCAGGAAACACAUGCUCGUACUCCCAAAUCGGAGAUGUUUUUAUUUGUGAGAAGACUGGUCGUGUGCAUGUUUGUGAUGAUACGUGCAGAGAAGCUGUCCUUGAUCAAUCUAGUGGGCUUCUGGUCUGCACCAUUUCUGGUCAUUGUUUUGAUAGAUGGCUCUCUCCUGAUGAGGAAUCAGAUCCCUCAGAUAUUGAGCAGCAACAAGGUGGUGUUACAGAUGAAGCAGAGCCCUUUAUGGGAUCUGGACGUUUCGGUACUAGCUCAACACGGGCCUAUCUGUUGGGUUACAAUUGUGCUGAUGAGAAGGAACUUGAAAAGGCAUUAAGGUUUUGCUGAAAUAUUAUGAAUCUCAGCUUUCCUGUUCAUCAUGACGAGGUUGAGAAGUGAGAUGAAAGCAUGGAAUAUCAUCAUGACCUGUUUACAAUUUAAGCAUCAUCCGGUAUGGCAAAUUUAUGAGUCCAUAUAAGUCAAGCUGCUGCAAGUGUUCCUUCAAAUCAGCAGCUUGAUGAUUAUUGCUGUUACCAGGGGGGAUGAUUGCAUAGAAUGUUUUGUAGAAUCCUCAAGCAUCAGUCGAUAAAGCAUGAAAGAUGUCUCUUGUUUUGAUUAAGUUAUCUAUGUAUUAUUCACAUGUGCAUACUGCUAUAUUUUAUUUAAUCGUAACCCCAGAAGCAGUGCAGCCUUGUCAUGUAAGCAUUUUUAGGAUCAAUUGUGGUACCAUUGGCAUAUCUGUCAAAAAUUAAGCAUGCUUAACUCAA